AUGCACAACGACCCCAGCUUCAGCCUCUCGCCCCUUCAACUCGCCACAACCUUUUAUCAAUCGUUGAGUGAUGUGGCUAAGCGGGAAGUGCGGGCUGGUAUGCUGCGGGAAUAUCGGGAUAACUCACUCGUGACUAUAGGGAGGUUCGGACGAACUGUCCCGUCCCUCGAGGAGGUUACCGACUGGGCCGCCAUCGCCGACGACACCGGCACGACAUCAGUUUCGACCCCGCCGAUUCGUACUGCGACUUAUGGAGCAAUUGCGAAAAUGCCACGCACCGCCCCAUCCACGCCAAACGACGACGCACGUACCCAGAUCCGUCGAGCUCGAUGGAUGAACCGCGCCGGUAAAUGGCAACAGGCCCACCUGUGGAAGGAUCGGAACACGUGGUUUUCGCCAGCAUCGGGUGGGGUACCCGCCAGCAUGGCGUGUUUUAAUUGCGGUCAAGGUGGCCAUUUCUCACAGCAUUGUACAGCGGAGCGACAAUCCCCCUCGACCGUCCAAAUAUCAGCAAUUGCCUUCGCCGACAUGGACGAGGACGAAUGGUCGUCGGCCUCAGGUGACGUUGAGGACCCCCAGGUGCGAUUCCCCCUUCCCCUCGAGACUGAUUUGACUCGACCGUCGAGUUCCGCAUCCGCCUUAGUGACGCACCACUCUUGCCCUCCUGCAGACCUUGUUGGCCGAGUGAAAGACGUUGCCUCUUCUUCUUUUGAAGUUCAGACCUCAUCAAGUAGUUCGCAUCCAACCGUGCCGGCAAAUGAUGCAGAUCAACAUCGUCUCGACGAUAGCCUGGCUGACAUCGCGAGUGACGCGGUGGAAGAUGUCUUGUACUACGCUGAUGCCGCGUCGCGCUUGUGUCAUUAUCCGGGGCCGGAAGUGGUGUCGUCUCGCAAGGCGGAAAGGACUGCUUCGGUGAGCUCUUUCCAGAUUCUUGUGCCGUCGGGUGUGUCUCUCUUGGCGUCCGCUGCGCCCCUGAUCGACAUCGACGAACCCGACCGACCUGUCGAGCCCGCCAUUGUACGCGCCCGCAACGUCAUCGCUUGGACGCUACCUUCUGGAAGGGUUUUGCGAUGUUUGAUCGACUCUGGAUCAGAGGUCGACUUGGUGGAUCAGGAGGUGGUGCGAGUCGACCCGAGCUUCGCAACGGCCCGUUUGACUGCACCAUUGCACUUGCGCCUCGGCACCCAGGAUAAGUCCGACCGAUGUGCUGUGUUCGCCACCGCUCCUUUUUCGUCUGGCGCCCUAGAUCUCGGUUUGCGACCAUUCUUCGUUUGCCGUGUAAUGGCGUACGAUGCCAUCUUGGGGCUGCCAUUUCUUAAGGACACAGGCAUGCUCGUUGGUUGGGGCGUCUUCACCGUCGCGCGCACCGGCCCUUCGCAACCCGUCGCCCAGGAUACGCACGAAUGGGACCGAGCCGUCACCGUAGCACCUAUCUUAUCCGGUUCUGCCAUUGGCUGCAAUCACCCUGGGUUGCUUCCCGACGACGAGAUCAUCGGCCUCGAGCCACACAACCCGCUGCUCGAUGUCGUCGACGAUCCGGCGCUCGACGAUUUCUCUGAGUCCGAAGCACGAACACGAUUGGCUGCCUUACUCGAGAAAUUUUCUGAUGUGUUCGUAGAUUCGCUACCGAUGGACCAACUCCCACCGUACCGGCCAGUCAACCACGAGAUCCCGUUGAUCGAUCCCACCGAAAAGGUCAAACCCCGGGUAUACCCCCUUGCCGACAAAUAUCGGAGCCAGUGGGCGGAACACUCAGCUAAGUACACUCGUGGUCGAUUCUGGGUUUCGGGUCCGAUCGAUUCUGCGGCUCCGGUCUUUGCCAUUCCGAAGAAGAACUCCCAGACGGCUCGUUUCGUGAUCGACCUCCGCGCGCGCAACAACAACACCGUCAAGCGUUUUUCUCCCAUCCCGGACAUGACCAAUGUUCGAUACGAGGUGGCUCGAUCGCGUUAUCGCUCUAAAUUCGACGUGGCCGCGGCAUUUGAGCAGGUUCGGGUCAUACCGGAGCACGUCGAUCGCACCGGCUUCGCAACGGUGACGGGCACGUACACGUCGCGGGUCAUGCAGUUUGGUGACACCAAUGCGCCCAAUACCCUCAACCUCUUGACCUCGGCGAUGUUCCAGCCGUGUCUCCCGUUCGCCAAGAUCUUUUUCGACGAUGUCCACGUCCAUUCCGAUACCCGUCGUGCGCACUUGAGACACAUCAAGAUCCUGCUGAUGACAUUGAGACAUUACCGGUUCUACUUAGGAUCCAAGAAGUCCGAGUGGUUCUCAAAGUCGUUGGACUCCUUGGGCACCAUCAUUUCCGACGUCGGCAUCGAAGUCGACCCCGCCAAGUGGGUGCGUAUCCGUCAGUGGCCGAUCCCUUGCAACAAGACCGAUGUCCAGCGCUUCCUCGGCACCGUCAACUGGAUGCGAGAUCACCUACCGCACCUCUCAAAGAUUUUGGAGCCGAUCACCGCGUUAAUGGCGCAAGCGACGUCAUGGCGUUGGAACGAGCGAGAACAGCAGGCUUUCGAUACCGUCAAGUCCCUUGUGCCCGCCAUCCUACGACCGAUCGAUGGCGCCAAGGUUACCUCGGGCGAGCACAAGAUGUACCUCUUCACGGAUGCUGACAAGCGACGUCGGAGGGGAUGA